GAUUGCUGGAAACCAAAAAGAAAAAAAAAAAUCAGAAAAUUCCAUCGAGGUCCCAUCCAUCCCUAACACUCUUUCUGGGCAGGCAAACCCAAAAACGCAAACGCGAAAUCAAUAAGCGAUUCUCACAAAUUACAAAAUAAUCAAAAUCUUUUACUAUUUUCGCUCAAUUCCCCUAAUCCCCUUUCACCUCCGCCGCUGAAAAUCCUUCUCCACUUUCCCCGCGGCGCCACCGCGGGAUUUUUCUAGGGUUUUUCCGAUCCUACCUUUUCCCUUCCUCUAUUCUUCCACAACGUCGUUCUCCGAGUCAUGCCUCCCGCGCGUCGACGCGGUGCGAAUAAGGCCAAGACGAACGGUCACUUACGUUUAGGCGAUCUCGUUCUUGCUAAGGUUAAAGGCUUCCCUGCUUGGCCUGCAAAGAUAAGUAGGCCGGAAGAUUGGGAGAAAGCCGCUGAUCCUAAGAAAUAUUUUGUUCAGUUUUUUGGCACCAAAGAGAUAGCUUUUGUUGCACCCCCAGAUAUUCAGGCAUUUACAAGUGAGUAUAAAAAUAAGUUGACUGCUCGGCUUCAAGGCAAGACAAAGUACUUUGCCCAAGCUGUGAAGGAAAUAUGUGCUGCUUUUGAUGAGAUACAGAAACAGAAGAGUAGUGGUGACGACACUGAUGAUUCUCGGAUUGGUUCAGAAGCUCCUCCUGUUGACGAGGCAGUGGGUAAUUCAAAGGAUACAACUGAUGCUAUGACGUCUGAUGCAGAAAAGGAUAACAUUUAUGGGAGUAAUGUUGGCUCUAAUUUGGAGGACUGUUUACCGAAAACCAGAGAGAGGGGUAACCUAGAUGAAAAGCUCACUGAGUCUGGCCGUCCAAAGGAAAGUUUUUCUGGUUCAGAGAUAAAGAAGAAUUCUAGCAAACCUACUGUUAAAGGUGCAAGUAAUGUUAAUGAUUUUGGUCAACAUGAUAACGGAAAUAGUGUCUCAACAAAUGGGAGUAAGCCAAGAAAGCUUCUUACUGGUUCAAAGAAGAAAAGUGAAGUUGCAGAUAAUAGAAACAAAAAUGGUGGAUCUACCGGAACACUUUUGAAGGUGGGAAAUUCUACUGGAAGUGGUGAUCUUUCCAGGUCGAGGGAGGCAUUUAAAACUGGCAAAGGGAAAGAUACAUCUGCUGUUAAAUCAGAUUCCCCAGACACUCUUAGACCAGGGUCGAAUGGUAAUACUGGAGAAAAAAGUAAGAACUUAAUUUCAAAAAAAGCAAGUCUUGAAGUAAAAAAUGAAUUACAGGAGAUCAUGUUUGAUGCUAAGGAGUCUGAUGGCAAAAACUCAAUUAUGGAAAAGAAGAACCAAGUUCAUGCAAAGCAUAAUGUGGGAGCAAAUGAGUCCUUACAUGCUACAAAGAAGUUAAAACGCAUGGAUGCUAGAGAUGAGUUACCUUCAGGGCACAUUCCAAAAGAUGUGAAAAGUCCUUUGCCUUGCUCUACUUCUGUUGAAGAUAAAUCAUCUAAAAUGUUAGAGUUGAAAAGGUCCACAUCAAAUUCAAAAGGAAAAAGCUCUGUCCAUGAGUUGGUACCUGUGAUCAAACAACAUAGCCAAGUUCAAAAAACUAUGCCUGAUUCUGAUACUAUUGCUUUUGAUGAGAAAAAAGAAUGGAAUAAUCUUAAACUGAAAGGUGAUACGAAGAAUGUUAUGACAAAACAAGUACAGAGAAAACGUAAAGCUGUUUGCCUUCAUGAAGACGACGAUGUACCUAAAACUCCUGUUCAUGGAGGAGCUGCAAAAAAUAUGAAAUCACCUUUUGCUACAGGGGUCAAGAAGGGAAAUAAUGCACAUUCUGAGAAAUCUGAUGCUGCUUGCAGAAAUUCUAGUCAACUUGAGGAUGCUCAUUUGAAAGAGCCAUCUUCUCAAUUACAUAAUGAUACAUCAUCAAUUAAGCAUCCUGAAAAAGUGAAAGCUGAUGAAGUCAAUCAUGUGCAUGUUCCUCAUAGUCAUGAUAAGUUAGAUUCAAAGCAGUUUCCUUCUAAGGUGGCAAAAGUAAGCUCUGCCUCACCAGUAAAAUCACCUCAUCCAGUUCCCCCAGCAACAAAGUCAAAUGCUGAGCGGAAUGCUGAGCGGAGUAAAUCUUCCAAACCUAUGGUUAAAGCUUCCAGCAUUGCUACUCAAAAGAAGGCAGAUAACGGGUCUUCAAAAUCUUUACUCAACCUCAGCUCUUCUCAGAACCCAGUUUCUGCUCAUAAGAAGAAGCUGGCAUCUUCAGCUGAAAUUUCUAAGACUACUCCAAAGACAUUGCCUCAGGCAGUUGACGUUCCUGUUUCAACAGUAGAUUUUAAGGAGCUCGAUGCACUGCAUGUUGAUAGAUUUGAAGAGGGUAUGGUAGAAAGAAGUGAUAUAUAUAUUGGUUCUGGGAAUUCAGAAACAUCUAAAAAUAUGAAGCAUCUGAUUGCAGCUGCCCAAGCAAAAUGGAAAAAAGCUCAUUCUCAAUAUCUUUCUUCUGAUAUGCAUCAUGUUCAAGGGGGGACUCCUAGCCCCUCCACUGUUCAGCCAUUUUUUUCUGUCUCAAGUAACUUCGCACAGACAGAUGUGCAGGGAGUUCAUGAGCACACAACUUCGGCUUCUCCACCUACUAAUGAGUAUCACUCUGUAUCUCAAAAUCAGCUCGAUGCUGAUGAAAUUGAGGAGAGAAGAGUAGGUUCUGUGCAAAGGGGUCCUGGUGGAUCGCUCAGUGGUGAUACAGAGGCUGCUGUUGCCCGUGACGCUUUUGAAGGAAUGAUUGAAACUUUGUCAAGGACCAAGGAGAGUAUUGGGCGUGCAACUCGUCUUGCCAUAGAUUGUGCUAAGUAUGGCAUUGCCAAUGAGGUUGUUGAACUUCUCAUCCGGAAAUUGGAAAAUGAAACUAGUUUUCAUCGCAAGGUGGAUUUAUUUUUUCUUGUUGAUUCUAUCACUCAGUGCUCACAUAGUCAAAAAGGAAUUGCUGGAGCUUCUUACAUCCCUAUAGUUCAAGCAGCGCUGCCACGUCUUCUUGGUGCUGCUGCUCCCCCUGGAGCUAGUGCCCGUGAAAAUCGUCGUCAAUGUCACAAGGUUUUGAGGUUGUGGCUUGAGAGGAAAAUUUUGCCGGAGUCUGUUAUUCGCCGUCACAUGGAUGAAAUUGGGGGUUCAAAUGAUGAUAUUACAGUUAGCUAUAACUUCAGGCGUCCAUCUCGUGCUGAGCGAUCUGUGGACGACCCAAUUAGAGAAAUGGAAGGCAUGCUCGUUGAUGAGUAUGGAAGUAAUGCUACGUUUCAGCUUCCUGGUCUCUCUUGCCAUGCGUUUGAUGAAGACGAAGAUGAAGAUUUACAAAUCAAUUCUUGUACGGAUAUGUAUGGUACAUCUCCAGCUGAUCCCACCCCUAAGUUUGGAGGAUCAGAACCUUAUACUAUGACCCCAAAUGACAAGCGCCAUUGUAUCUUGGAGGAUGUAGAUGGUGAGCUUGAAAUGGAAGAUGUUUCAGGUCACCCAAAGGAUGAGAGACCUGUAUAUUUGAACAGUACUGAUGAAACUGAUAUGCUUCUUCAGAGCUCAAAUAGGAAUUUAGACCCCACUUCAAAUAUUUCAGAAGACAUAGUGGCUACUCCAGAGGGUUCCCCUCCAUUACCUCUUGAUUCACCUCCCCUGACCCCACCUUUGCCUUCUUCACCACCCCCUCCUCCUCCUCCUCCAUCAUCUCCUCCCCCACCCCCACCCCCUCCAAUAUUGCAACCCCCACCUCCUCUUCCUUUACCAUCCUCAGCCCCACCAGUAUUAUUGGUUCCUCAAUCAUCUGGACUGCCCCGGCCAUCACAUGUCUCCCAGUCAUUAAUGCCACCUCAGUCAUCAUAUCAGUCAUCGCCAAAGCUGGGGUAUCAGCAGAACGUACCUCAUGACUUUAGUAACUCAACUAGUGGUAACCAAAUAGUUCAAAUGGCUGGUAAUUCUUUUUCUGGAGGACACAGUAAUGCAGUUAUCAAGAAUGAACUAUAUCCACAGCCAUCUGCUUUUGCCCUGGCUACAGGCUCUAGCUCCCAGGAGCCCUCUGGUUUUAACCCUUCAAGACAAUUAGAAUAUGGACAGAAUGAUGUGUAUUUAAAUGCCCAAGUCCAUCAACCUAACCAGCAAUAUCAGCAGGGUAAUGCCCCAUAUGCUCAGAGACAUACACAUCCUGCCCCACCCCAAAAUCCAUCAAAUCAGUACUCAUAUCAAAAUCACACAGUUCAGCAACACCUUCCACAUGCAUUCCAUUCUCCCUUUCCUUUACCAUCUCUUCCUGAUGGCCGGAGGCAAUUCGUUGCUGAUGAGCAAUGGAGAAUGGCAUCCACAAAUAAUCAACAUCAAAAUGGUGUAUGGAGAGGGAUAAAUCCUUCAUGCCCUGGUCCUCCCUUUGGGCAAGAAGGUUUCCGACCACCACUUGAAAGGCCACCAUUAAGCAAUGCAGGUUUUCAGCGAGCAAUUUCAAGCACACUACCUAGUGCACCAGUAUCAGGUGACUUUCUAAAUUUCUUUGUUGCUUUUUUUUUUUUUUUUAUUCUUCACUGUGCUUUGCUUUACUGUAUUUGAUUUUUACUUGUUCCCUUUUCCAGGACAUGGUAUUCCUCAGAUGUUGCCUUCCAGGCCAGACAUUACUGCUGUUAAUUGUUGGAGACCCACUUGAAGUUGAUUGGGUCUUCUUAUUAGAAUUAAUGUUGUUGCUGGUGGAUCAACAUGCACGGCUAUAUAUUGUACUGCAAAGUUAGAUUCGCCUGUGUAGUACAUACAACUUACCUGUGAAGAAAAUUUUGAAAACUUGUGGAGGCUUUUGGCAGGAUUGUGUAUAUUGUAUUUUUUCCUGACAAUGUAUCCCACAGACAUUUGUUCCAAGUUUAGGCCCAUGUUUCUGACUUGGUUUUGGCAAAACAAGAAAGGAUGUAGAACCCUUCCUCAUGCUUUGAAUGAUGUAACUCAGAAUAAGGCAAACUUCAUUACAUAGAAAGACUACUGAUAAUUGAGGUAAAUAGUCAUGCAAUUUCAGAACAGACAAUGCUUUAGUUACUGACUUCGAUUAGUAUGCAAGGAUACCUAUACAUAAUGUAUCAAGAACUCCGGUAAAAAAAUUUACACAGAAAUAUUGAUUGUACAUUGCGAUUUCUUGGUUGCUUUCCUGUACUGUGUAAUGCACACAGUUAGAAUUCUUAGUUUUAUUGUGUUCUUUCAGAAUAGAGCAGGAAUAGGAAGUUUUAACUACAUAUUUUCUUUGGUUUUUGCUGCAAGGUUGUAUACUUAAGAUUUAUGAUAUGUAUGGUGACUUGCCAUGAGAGCUAAGGCAUAAUCUGUCAUCAUAAGAAUCUUGUUAUGUGUUUUUAUCCUUGCUCAUUAUAAUGUUAGUGUCUUCUUUUCUGACCCAUUGUUGGAAAAGAGGUUCAAUA